AUGGCCAAUGACUCUAUACACACUUUCUACCACUAUGACCCGUCGGCAGUUGCGGCGAUUAUCUUCGUUGUUCUCUUCAUAUUAACCACCUUGGUGCACAUUUUCCAAACGGUCCGGAGUCGAGCAUGGUUCUUCAUUCAUUUCAUUAUCGGAGGGAUCUUUGAAGCUGUCGGCUAUGUUGGUCGCUAUCUUAGCUCACAAGAGACCCCUAAUUGGACAACAAUCCCAUAUGUCAUGCAAUCACUCUUGCUCCUACUCGCACCAGCAUUCUUCGCCGCAUCCAUCUACAUGACCCUGGGCCGCUCAAUCAUCUCCACCGGCCAUGAUUCGCUCUCUGUCAUCCGAGUCAAAUGGCUGACCAAAAUCUUUGUUUGCGGAGACGUCAUUUCGUUCCUCGCCCAGGGCGCUGGCGGUGGUUUCCUCUCAUCCGCAAAGACCCAGUCCAAGAUUGCCCUCGGACAAAAUAUCAUCAUUGUCGGUCUUUUCAUCCAAAUUGCCUUCUUUGGAUUCUUCGUCGUGACUGCUGGCGUGUUCCAUUACCGGCUCAGGAAGUGCCGGGAUUGCGUUUCCAUGUCUGCUAUCACGGUGCCAUGGGUAAAGUGUUUGAUUAUCCUCUACACGGCUAGUCUGUUCAUCAUGAUUCGGUCUAUCUUCCGUGCCGUUGAGUAUAUUACCGGUACAGAUGGACCGCUUAUGUCGACGGAAGUGUACCUUUAUGUGUUUGAUGCUGCUCUGAUGUUCUUGACUAUGAUCACUUUCAACAUCUUCCCUCCGAAGACAUUGUUGACUCCCCGGUCGACCACGGGUGACACUGAGUCUCAGAGUGGUAAGGAACUGAUUGAUAUCAGUAAUAAUUAA